CCGGCGGUGAACCGGAUUCUGCCCCUAUCAAAACGUGGGGUCGUCCGAACGUUCGCGAUCCGAAGCUUUGUUUGCCCUUGGGAAGCUCCCGUCUAGCUAUUGUCCCAGGUAACCUUAGGUUUUGUUAGCUGCACAAUCCGACUCAAGACAACGCCACACUGCGCGCAAAGCUACUCGCCCGAACCAUCGGCCAACUCGCAACAAACUACCGAGUGUCACGAGAAAAAAAAACCCAAAUCGACAAUCGACUAUACUCAAUUCCAAACGCCCCUCCCACCGCUUUCUCCCCCCUUUUUCAGCAAUAUCAUAAAUCAUGGCCGACCGGCCACACCGAGGCGGAGGCGGCGGCGGCGGCAACCGGGGCAACUACCGAGGACGCGGCGGAGGUGACCGUGGCGGUCGAGGCGGCCGAGGCGGCGAUCACCACCACGGUGGCAAGAACAACGACCAGCAGGGCGAGCGCGAGCGGCCAAAGAAGGAGAACAUCCUGGACCUGGCGAAAUACAUGGAUAAGGAGGUGCAGGUCAAGUUCAACGGCGGACGCGAAGUCAUUGGAACUCUAAAGGGCUACGAUGCGCUCAUGAACCUGGUGCUGGAUGAGGUCAAGGAGACCAUGAGAGACGAAGAAGGAAACGAGUCUAGCCGGCCCCUGGGCCUCGUCGUCGUUCGCGGCACCCUCCUGGUCGCCAUCAGCCCCACGGACGGCUCCGAGUCUAUUGCAAACCCGUUUUUGCAGCAGGGGGAUGACGAGUGACGGUGGGGGAAAGAUCCAUAUGAGGCGCUGGCGAAAGUGAUAAGAGGUUAAAGAAACAAGACGGAAAAUCAAUCUUCCGGACUCUUUUGGACGGCCUUUAAACGGUAACAAAGGCAAGAUGGAAUAGGGCGGAGUGAGGUGGUAAUCUCACAAAGAGCGAGUGAGACGAAGAUAGCAGACAUAUCUGUGGCUAUGUCUUGUAAAUAUGGGCCCUAGAUCAAACGCCAGGCGCAUGACAGGUGUGUAUACGCCAGCCGCAGACCAAAACUUAAUAAAUACCCGGGGUGGUGAGGGGGAAGGAUUCGAAUCCUUGGUUGUCUUGAGUACAAAAAUGCGCGCAUGUUCCGUGCCCAA